GGGAAUGCCAAUAAUGUCAUUGAUUUAAUUUUUUUUUUAAUCGGACGUUUUACAAAGCAAGGCCAUAUUACUGUGUUUGUUCAUUCUAAAACGAAAGCACCUGAAUGUUUCGGCAUGGAUCUUUGUAUAAGAUAUGUUGCAAAUUCAUAACAAGAUGGAUAUAUAUGUCCUUCUUCUGUUUGCCCUCUGUGGAUUCCGUGUGAUACGUUUUGGCCGCGGAUUAAGGAUCAAUGGACCAGCAGACAAAAACAUCACCGCCGGAAUGACCAUGCCCAUAGAAUGCCACAGUGAUCAGUACGGAAUUGUCUUCGAGUUUACACACCGUAGUUCCACCCAAAGUGUCGGGAUAGCUGAGUGUGAUUUCAACAAAGAUUUAGGUUCAGCAGUUUUUAUGCGUGAUAGCUUAAAGUCAGCCUACAAUAUUACACGGAUAUCUCGAACCUGUAUAUUGACAAUACUUAGUCUCAUGGAGGACCAGUGUGGAACAUACAGCUGCAAAGAGCUCUACGUUAAAAGCGAAUACGUAUAUUUCAAUAUGUCAUGCAUCGGUACUAUAGAUGUUACACGUUUACCAGGUGUGACGAAGGUGCCGCCUGACACAGGAAGAACGGGGACAAUUAUAGGCAUAUCACUGGGUGUCGCUGGAUUUAUUGCAUUUAUUGUUGCCUUGUGCCUGGUAUAUCGUAAACGGAGGAAUACCACUAAUAUACCGGAAUCUGGUGCUUCGACACAUGAACAUGAAACAUUGAUGUUUCAGGAAACGGGCCAGGAACAAAGUAAUUCUGCGUCUGUCAUUUCACAAAAUAUCGACGUUGAAUGCACCGAACAGAUAAUGAUCGAUGCAUUAACACACGUCGAUUCACAUGCUAAUGAUGAACAGCUACAACCGAGUGUUAGUGCAACUGAUUUCCAUAUGCAUGCUGAAGAGCAUAUGGAUAAUGAGAGUACCAACAACUCAACUGUAGCCUUUGGCGAUGAUUCAGUUGAACGUUUGAGAGACGCAAAGGAUUAUUCCAAACCACUGAACAAUGGCACAAACCUGGAUAUACCUGACGCAAACACGAAUAACAGCAUUUGUCUUAAUAAUCUGUGUACAGGACCAAACGUUUCGCCUGUAAAAAAUGACAGUUUCACAGGCAUUGAGAAUGUCCCAGAGUCCUGUAUGAAUACGGAAUCGACAGAUUCUAAAAUAGAAGAACAGAAACAGGGAAGUCAAAUGGACCAAAGGCAAAGAUUGAACGAAGAACUGAAAGACGUAGCAAACAGUGGGGCAUUCAAAAGGGCAAGGGAUAUUUUCAAGCGAAAACAAUUUGGAGAAGAGUUGCUUGAAGGACAGAAGUUGAAGAGUUCUACGUUUGUAUGAAACACAAAUUGAAAAUGAAGGUUGUAAGGACCUACACUGUUCUGUAGAGGAAAAAGAUAGACCUCGCACAGUAAGAACAACGUCAGACAAACAUGUCUCAUUCACUUUGUAUGUUUGCAAUAUAUUAAAAACGUUAUGUACGCAUAUAUGGUGAUGACUUAAUAUAAUGGCGAGUCAAUCGUUGCGAAAUUCAACGUUUCCAUAUUUCUUUGGUGUAUUUGUAUAUAUAUCUUAUAUAUCUCCAUGUGUGUGUGGUAUAUUUGUAAAGAAUAUUUUGUAAAACGUUAUAUGUAUUCUAUAAUUUCACAUUAUGUUUGAUAUAUAUAUAUAUAUAUAUAUAUAUAUAUAUAUAUAUAUAUAUUCACACUAGGAACCAAUUCAAUUUGUGUCAUUAUAUUUAAUAAUUAAUAAUGAAAUCGUCUGUAGAAGCUCUUUACCAGGAUUUACGUGUUCGUCCGCCCGUCUGUCUUCCUGUUUGUCACGAAAUAGAACAAUAUAGACUAUGUAACAGCGUCAUACCUAUUAUUGAAUAUACCUUCGAAUCUCUUCGUAAAUCCAAAACAUGUGUCAGGAAUUGUUGUUUAUAUUGAUUUGCAUGAGCCAAAAUAUACGGAGAACAAUACAAAAAGUCCAGCCCGACGAGCACAGACGUCGAUCCAACAGUUAUUCAACUCUUCUCGUAGAUUCGGUAUUAAUCUGUUUUUAUAAAUUAUCGGUUCCUAUAUAUUGCCAUCAUGUCAAUCAAAUACCCGUACGAAUAUACACUUAGUAAGUGUUAAAACGCCAAAAGUUCCAAAUAUGAUUCGAUAGAUCAUUUACUUAUUUUGCUGUAUUUAACAACAUGAGUUCUUAUGAUAUGCAAUAAUUUGUGUUUAAAACAAUACAACCCUACAAUAAAAUCAUAUUAAUAUCUACAAAAAAUAAGUGAUUCGAACGAGCAAGUUUGGUUUACGCCAUAGUUGAUAAAUAUUUCAUAAAAAAAUGUU